AUGCGUAUGGCGAACAGAAUUGGCGCGGGCCGUAAAUCCGCGCUUCAGCUCUCUCAUCUCAGAACCAGACUCACCUCAUCUGCUGCAGCCGUUGCUACUGCUCCCACACUUGAUCCUGCGCCUGUCCCUGCCCCUGCUGCUGCGCCGAGAGAAUGGCUGGUGCUCUUUCCGGAUAUGCCCAAUGUGCUUGACCGUCGCCUCGAAAUCCGCCCCCGGCACUCUCCCAACUUUGUGCGUCUUCACAAGGAACAAUGGGUUACCUGGGCUGGGCCUAUCUUUGAGAAGCAUACCUUCCCUGGAAACCCUCGCCGGCCCUUCAAAGGGUCUGUGAUGGUGGUCAAUGAUGUGAGCAAGGAGCAGAUCUGGGAGCGUCUGAAGAGUGAUCCGUAUAUUCAGGAACGUAUUUGGGACCUGGAUAAUGCACGAGUGAUUCCCUUUGUCACCAAUAUGAGGCGGACUCCAAAGAAGUGA